AAGAGACACCUCUUCAGUCUGUUCACUGAGCUGCAGGGUUUUGAGCUUCAGCUGGGAUAUUACUCUCCAGUGUGUUUGCCAAGAGAAAUAUAUUCUCUCAGCAUGGCUCGUAGGCUGGAGUUAAAUCAUGAACUUUCUAAACUUUUCAAUGAGCUAUGGGAUGCAGAUGUUAACCGCUUUGUGCCUGGGAAAGAUUAUACAAUUGACUUACAGGAAAAAGCAGGCUUUGUACAACAGAGUAGCGGUGUUGCAAGGGACAGUGCAUCUGAGCCGCUGUUUCGCUACGUAAAUGAAGAGCGUCUGAAGAGCAUAAAAACUUUUGCAGCUUUUGUCUCCCUAUUGGAUAACUAUGAAACGUCAACUGGUGUAGCAGAAGUUGUGACCCCACAAGAAAUGGCUGAAAACAAUCGUUUUCUUGAUGCUAUCUUAGAAACAGAAGUAAUGAAAAUUACUCAUCAAUAUUUAGUUAGAAAAAAUUGGUCAAAACCCAGUCUUAAUGAUUUCAAGUCUCAGCUCUAUGACAUCUGGUUUCAGCUAUACACCAGGGAAACAGGAAAGGGGCCUGAUUCCUGUGGAUUCGAACAUGUGUUUGUCGGAGAAACAAAACAUGGAAAAGAGAUUCUGGGUUUGCACAACUGGGUACAAUUUUACCUUCAGGAAAAGCAUAAACAAGUUGACUACAAAGGCUAUAUUGCCAGGAGGAAAAAGAGCAGGCCUGAUGAAGAUGAUCAAGUUCUGAGCCUACAGUUCAGCUGGAAAGGUCUAGUAAAACCUGUGGGAAGCACCUUUAUUGGUGUCAGCCCUGAGUUUGAAUUUGCCCUCUAUACGAUCAUUUUUCUUCAGUCUCAGGAAAAGGUCACUCGUGAGAUGGUGCGGCUAGAGGAGUAUGAACUACAGAUAGUUGUGUAUCGCCAUGGUAAAUACAUUGGAACAGCGUAUCCUGUCCUCCUUAGCAGCAACAAUGAAGAUUUGUAUUGAAAAGGACCAAGCUAACCUGAUUUUCUUUUUGAGUUUAACUGUAGUUUUGUAUAAUUUUAAAUGUCAUGUUUGGAAUAAUUUCCUUUUGUUCUGUAUUAAGAUACUUAACCUAAGAUGUGCCUUUUAAAGAAAAGUUCAGUGCCUGUCCAGGCUUUGAAAUCCUUUUUAUCACUGUAACCAAGGAUGAAAGACUUUGUAUUAAAGUGCCUUCAUAAAUCAUAAAUCUGUACUUUUAACUUCCUGACCAGACAACAAUUUUUUAAACUAUGCCCUGUUAAAAUGAAAAUAGGGGUUUUAUUUGUUAACUACUGCACACCUAGAAAGACUGAUAAAACCAUAUAAAAUACAGACCAGAAUAUCCCAUAAUAAUUGUAUCUUGUGGCAUUAGUGUUAAAAUUAAGCUCUCUAUUAUGGCAGUGUAAAACAAUACUGAAUAGCUGUAUUUUGUGCUCCCAUCCUCAGUUAUAGACUGAGAAAAGGAUUUCUGCCAAUGGCAAUCUGGACAAUUAUGACAUAAUCCCUCCCCUUCCCAACCAGCACAAGCCUUAUGAACACAGAAGGACUUCCUGGAAUGAAAGUCAGUGCAGCACUUAUCACACUACAUCCAAUCAUUCUUCUACAGGACAGGACACAUCUUAAAACAAUGAUUAAUGAAAACUAGCAGGAAGCCAGAAUAACUUGACUGCCUGAAGCCGGUACGCCAUAGUCGGGGUACCGGCUUACUUUCACCUCUGUGAGUAGUGAAAUAAUUAACUGGGGUCCUGCUUCGUGCCAGGGCUAAAUGUUCUGUGGGCUCUGCAUGGCAAUGACAUUUUGUCUUGUCUCCACAGGCAGCUGUAUUCUUGGAACAGCUAUCCUAAUUAAUCAUUGUUGGCUUUGGGCCUUCAGUUUUCAACUUUAUUGAUAUUAAUUCUAGGCUGCUGGAGGUGGAUGGUGAGCAGGUAGCUGCUAUGCUACUCAAUCGAGGCUUAGAGGCUGGGAGCUGUGUGAGCGAGACCAUGUGCUAUGUGCAGAUGGCAGGUAAACACAUGAAAGAUUGCCUGCUGUUAAUCACACCUCAGGAGCUUGCACAGGGUUAUGCUAUCAUUGCCCAUAGCCUGUCUCCCAACCAGGAAUGUACUGUUCAUUAAAAUGGAAACCCGAGAGCAGAAAUAUGCUUUGCUAAGCCUUUGUUGGCCAGGACUGUGGGGGAGGAGGGUUCUUGACAACGUUAUUGAGUUAAAUAACAGACAAAGGGUCUUAUUUAAUUCUUGGUGACUAUGGACACUAAGCGGGUAUCACCUGCUUGAUCAACACACCCUUACACAAAAGAGACUUUCUUAGAUGUGAUCCCAUCAGAUGGGAUCCCACAUGGUAACGCGCUUCUGAGCUCACAAGGCUUAGUGAUCAACACACAUCACUAUACACACCUACAUGGACACUGGCUUGUUGAAUACUUGACAGAGCACAGCCAUCAAGGGGCUCUUGACUCAUAUACACACUGCCCAGAUAGUGUUUUCUGCCUAAGAAAUAUCAUGAGAUUUUUAAGAAAAGCUCCCUGCAAUAUCAUGCUUCCACAAUUCCAAGAUGGAAAUGUUGCCUGUGGGCACCAUUGGGUAGUUUGUUUAAGAGUUUAUCUUUUGAACACUCUUUAACAUUCCACUCUAAACAUUCAGCACAAAAUUGACCUGAAUGUGCAGCAUUUUAAAAAAAUAAGAAAAAGAAUUUCUCCUGUCCAGAUCCAUUCAAAACAUACUUCACCAUCUCCUCUGGCAAUCAGUUUCCUAACCAGGUUUCUUAAUAACUCCAUACUGUACACCACCAUCGCCUAAAGCAAUUGUUUUCUGGGUUUUUUUGUUCUCCGUGAGGGGAUCAAAAUAAUCACACGUAGACUGUCAACAUUUUAAAUUGAUAGAAAGUUUAUUUAAAGCAAAGCUCUAUUAGCCAAAAAAAAAAAAACAUUUAAAAAAUGUAGUCCUACUAAGCCAAGGAAGUCUGUUAAAGAAUUAUUGCUGUUCAUGGAAAAAAAUUUCCAAAAAAUUUACUUGCUGAGUUUUCACUGUAAUAAGAUGAAAAAGCUGCUUCCUUUUUUUCUUGAUUGCAAAUAUGGUGAAUUUUAACAAAUUUAUAUUUUCAUAAAAUCAAAAAGGUUUUAUACUAAUUGUGGUAGCAAGUUUUUCAUUUGUUUGACACCUAACAUCAGAUGUUUCUAUGAAAGUUUCAAGUAAAGUCCUGGUUCUUUUUUA